GGUUGUCGUUGAUAAUACUUGUAGCCCUUUGAUGGCCGUAAGGCCUCCUCUGCAAUUCACCGCCUCCUCCUCCUCCUCCUCCUCCGUCACCGGUAUCCAAUUCCCAUUCUACUCCUCCGCCAUUUCUCCAUUCUCCACCGCACUCCUCCGUUGUUUCGCUUCCGCCGCCACUCGUGUCGCUGGUGGUCCACCGCAGCAACACCACUCCGGCAAGCAAAAACAGAAACGUAAUAAUAGACAUAGGUAUUCUCAUCAACAAACCCUAAAUCAGCCGCUUAUUUCAUCAUCAUAUCCAUUGUAUUGCCUCCGGCCUACGUCAUCUCUGAAAGAAACACUGGCGCAGAAGAUCGGUAAAGCUUUCCGCCAUCCCGGCGCACCGUCAAAGGCAAGGGUUUAUACCGACGUCAAUGUUACUCGGCCUAAGGAGUAUUGGGAUUAUGAGUCGCUUACUGUUCAAUGGGGGGAACAAGACGAUUAUGAGGUGUCGAGAAAGGUUGGAAGAGGAAAAUAUAGCGAGGUUUUUGAGGGAUUUCAUAUUACAAAUGACGAAAAAUGCAUCAUCAAGAUCCUUAAACCCGUUAAAAAGAAGAAGAUCAAGAGGGAGAUCAAAAUCCUACAAAACCUUUGUGGCGGGCCAAAUAUUGUGAAGUUGCUAGAUAUUGUUAGAGAUCAGCAAUCAAAGACACCAAGUCUAGUAUUUGAAUAUGUGAAUAACACAGAUUUCAAAGUGCUCUAUCCAACACUUACUGAUUAUGAUAUCCGCUAUUACAUCUACGAGCUUCUAAAGGCAUUAGACUUUUGUCACUCUCAAGGAAUCAUGCAUCGCGAUGUGAAGCCCCACAAUGUGAUGAUUGAUCAUAGUCAGCGCAAACUUCGUCUUAUAGAUUGGGGUCUUGCAGAGUUUUAUCAUCCAGGGAAAGAGUAUAAUGUUCGUGUAGCUUCGAGAUAUUUCAAAGGUCCAGAACUUCUUGUUGAUUUGCAAGAUUAUGAUUACUCUUUAGAUUUGUGGAGCCUUGGCUGCAUGUUCGCCGGGAUGAUAUUUCGCAAGGAACCAUUCUUUUUUGGGCAAGACAAUCAUGAUCAACUAGUCAAAAUUGCUAAGGUAUUAGGUACCGAUGAGUUAAAUACUUAUCUACAAAGGUACCUUUUAGAGCUAGACCCACAUCUUUCCGCCCUUGUUGGCAGGCACAACAGGAAACCGUGGACAAAGUUUGUUAACGCUGAUAACCAACACUUAGCUGUGGCGGAGGCGAUCGACUUCCUUGACCAGCUGCUUAAGUAUGAUCAUCAAGAAAGACCAACCGCUAAAGAAGCGAUGGCACAUCGGUACUUUUCGCCCAUAAGAAGCGCAGAGAGCAGCCGAACUCGGGCCUAGUGCAGGUUCAUUCUUGGCUGCAACUCAUUUUGAUUUUCUUCAUUAUUUGCAUCAUUGGUUGUAAACAUGUAUUUUCUGUCAUCUGGUACGGAUACCCACGGUUAACAAAAAGAAGUAAUAUUCAUCUUAUGCAGUAUAAUCUAAUACAUUUCUUAUUCCCAUA